AUGGCUACACUCCGCGACGCUUCCAUGCUCUCCACCGACACGGUGCCUCCCGGGCCCCAGAUCGCCGUCCAGAGCUCCAUUGCUGCCGGCCUCGUUGGCACGACCGUCGGCUCCCUCUUCUACGGGGUCAUGCUCCUCCAGGCCCUCAUGUACUUCUACAAAUACAAGAACGACCAACCCAUCCUGAAGCUCAUGGUGCUGGUCAUCGUCUUAGCGGAGACUGCACAUGUGGGCAUCUCCAUGCACGUCGAAUACCACUACCUCAUCAGUCACCACGCUGACCCCGACGCGGACAACUUCGCUACUGUAUCGAUAAUCCUGCUUGCCCCUGUCUCGGCCUUAGUGAUCCUCAUUUCGGACAUCUUUUAUGCUCGGCGUGUGUGGUUAUUCAAUCCUCCGUACCGGAUUGUGUUCUUCGCUGCAUGGGCCUCAUUUGUGGGCGCGGGAACAGGAUUUGUGCUUGCCGCGUUUUUCAAGCUAUUGAUGAACAGGACAUACCAGCACUGGGUCGCAGUCAAGUGGCUGACCACUGUGGCGUUUGCAUGCGCUGCGGUCAGCGAUGUGUUGGUCGCCAUUUCUCUCGUGUAUCAUCUCUACAGACAGAAGACGGGGUUCGGGCGCACCGAUAGGCUCGUAGACACACUGACGACAUACGCCAUCAACACAGGGCUUGUAACGAGCUUAUCCAGCCUCUUCUGCGUCAUUCUGUCCGUGCUCGAAGGGCCACAUCACCUGUACCUCGUCGCGCUCAGCGUGGUCACCACAAAAUUCUACGCCAUCUCGGUGCUCGUAACACUGAACUCGCGCGAGUAUUUGUCGGCCAGGCUGCACGGCCGCGCAGAGGCCGCCGACGCGACGGAGACCGUCGUCUUCACGACCGUCCCCUCCUUCUUCCUCACCCAGUUCCGCUCCUCCUUCUGGACCCGAACCGCGACCCGCCCCCGUACAGAUAUAGACACCGAGCUCGGGGUGUGA